AGUACACUGGCGCGGAUCCUCAAGGAGUGCCGCGUACUUACGUUUACUGAUUUGCGGCAGGGACACUGCAUGCAAUGUGUGCAGCGGUAUUUAUUUUAUAUGAGUAUUACGGACGAAAUUAUCAUUUUCUGUUUUGUGAUUAUCACACAGGAAUGCAGCAUACAGAAGUAGGAGAAACAUAGCUAGCUGUUUGGCUCUUGUCGGCGCAUACUCUACAGUGCAAAGCGGAGAGGGCGAGGAACUGGGGAGGGUGCGAGAAGGGGGGCGAGAGAAAGGGAAAGCACAACGCGCAGCGAAGCAAAGAGCUGCAAGCCGAACAGAGCAGCAUGGCGGGGCUGAGGGACUUCCAGCAAGGCGGCAACUGCCAUAGGAAAACGUGGAUAAAUGUUCUACUCGGGGUCCUGCAGCUGGUUUUGCCCUACGUUCAGCAAGGAGGGGCGCAACUACAAGCUCUCACUCAGAUGUCCGGCGUGGUCGAGGUCUGGCAGGCUGAAGACGCAGACUUCUUAGUGCCCACUCAGGCUGAGGAAGAGGGUGGCAAAGAGAGUCUUCCCCAAGAAGAGAGCUCCUCAUUCUAUGCGCAGGACAGUGGGAGAUCCCUGCGCUUCCAGCCUCUGGUCCUGGAGUUUGGAACACAGCUGCUGGGUCUGCCACGGGCUGAAACUGUAUACAUUCACAACCCCAGCCAGGAAGUGGCAGUAACUAUGCUGUCACUGUAUACGUCCAGUAGACAUUUACACAUCCCUCCUUUCCACAGAAGGGUGAUUCCACCCCGGGGGAAAACAUCAUUUAAAGUCAUCUUUCUUCCUACGGAAGAAGGAAAUAUAGAAAACUCAUUAUUUAUAAACACUUCAUCACAUGGCCUUCUGUCUUACCAGGUGUUUGGAGUGGGCAUUCACUCUGGCCCCCUGGUUACUGCUCAGAUUAAGAACAGUGUAGUAAUAUCCCCACACAUCCACAGUAUUAAACUGACACAAACUCAGGAGGGCGCCUCCAAUAUCACCAUCCUGGGCUUGCUGCUGGAGUGCCAUCUACCCGAAAGCACCUACAGACACCAUCAUCCUCAGGGGUCUUGCUUUCUGACCGAGGAGAAGCUCAGUGUGCAGAUCAGCCUAUCAGAGAGAGGGGAAAAGCGCGCAGAUCUGGAGAAGCUCAAGCCUUACGUGAUUGAGAAUAUUGUGGUGCUGUUUGUGCUCUCGUCACGAAGGAGUGAUUUACGGGAGCCAAGGAUAACUAUAUAUAUGUUGAAUUCAGGAGAUAAAAAAUUAUAUGUGAAGGAAAUGCAACUUUUAUCAGAGGCAGAAGGUGCUGUAGAAUUCAAACAAGUUCUACUGAAAGCUUCUGCAACAAAUUUCACACAGGUGGCUACCUUACUUUGCAAAGGGUCCUCACCUACUCAUCGGACGAAGUGCUCCUCUCAAAUCAGUUUGCACGUGCUGGGGAACUCCACGUUGAAGUCCUACCCUGCCUUAGACAUCAUGCAUGGGUUUAGGUACGAUGCUUCCGCCCUGUGUCAUGUGAAACAGAGCCAGAAUGGACACCACUACGUGGACCUCUGGUUAACCAAUAGCUUCGACUUCAGCUUCUCUGUGAAUGAGGUCACGCUCCAUCGGGACGUGGAAGGCGUGCUGAAGGUGACGAACUUCAGCAGGCCUGUGACGGUGCCCUGGGGCUGCUGGAAGGUGCUGUCGCUGCGGCUCAACCACAGAAAGCUGCCUGUGAAUGUCGUGACGACCGUGGUCCUGGUCACCAGCAUCGGCCUUUCUCUGGAGAUCCCUCUGCGCAUUCAGUCCGUCUCAAAGCAGGGGGACGUUGUGUUGGAGGCCAGUGCAGAGUGUAGAAAACCGUGCCCUCUCAGACUGCCUGAUGCAGGACACGUGCAGUGGUUGCAGACUCUACUGGACAACACUUUCUCCUGGAAAGUGGACAGCGGUCUAGCCACAGAGCUCUGCACUCGCUGGAAGAACAGCAAGGACCAGCUCACGUGCAGCUGGCCACGCCUCCCUGUAGAAACCAGCUCCCCAGUCGACUUUGGUGCCACUCCAGUCAAUGAGCGCAAGGUGAAGUACUUCAUGUUGAAGAACCCCACUGCCUCCCCCCUGUCUGUGGAAGUGCGGACACUCUCCUCUUACCCUGCCCCUCUGGAGGCCCUUGACCUGCUCACCAAAUGGUUCAAUAUUAGCCCGCUCUCCAUCAAUGUCUCUACAGCUGAGUUUGCUUUGCUGCAGCCAGAUGGGCAGGAGAGUGGGGACGGAACCGCACGCCUGGUGCUCCAGCCCCGGGAGACUGUGGAGAUGGGGGUGGCGUUCACGCCUGCGGAGCACAAGCCAGUCACCUCCGUCGUUCUCAUCAGGAACAACCUGACGGUGUUUGACAUGGUGCUGGUGAGGGGGCACGGAGCCAGGGAGCUGCUGCGGGUGGGGGGAAAGCUGCCGGGAGCUGGGGCCUCUCUGCGCUUCAACGUACCCCAGUCCACCCUCAUGGAGUGCAGAGAUGGGCUCCGAACCAACAAGCCGCUGUUCGCCAUCCGCAAAAGCUUUAAAGUGGAGAACGCGGGAGAGCUGCCCCUCACCGUGAUGUCCAUGAACAUCAAUGGCUACCAGUGCCAAGGGUUUGGGUUCGAGGUGCUACAGUGCAGGCCUUUCCAUCUGGACCACAACUCCUCCACGGAAAUCAACAUCGCGUUCACCCCAGACUUCACGUCCUCCUGGGUGAUCCGGGACUUGACGUUAGUGACGGAGCGCGGGUCCUCCUUCCCCUUCACCCUCAACGUGACCCUGCCCCACCACAUGCUGCCCCUCUGCGCCCAGGUGGUGCCCGGCCCAAGCUGGGAGGAGACCUUCUGGGUGGUCACCCUGAUCUUCACCUGUUGCUCAUUAGGUGGUGUGUGCCUGAUGGCCUUUCAUCAAGCCCAGUACAUUCUGACAGAGUUCUCGCAACCGGGCCCAAGGACCAAUCACAGCUCUGCAUUGUCUCGCGAUAACAGUCCUGUGAACCCUGUCAGCCCCAGCACCAUGAGUAAAAUGAAAGGCAGUUGCAAGGCGUUUGUGGACUCGUGCAACUCCUCGGACAAAGGCAAAGGAAAAGGGUCUCCGGCGGUGGCCGGCGUUCCCACCCGGGGCCAGUCCUCAUCAAAGAAGAGCUCUGGUGGCUCCGCCCAGCCCCAGAAGAAGCACAAGGUGUCGGUUUACUAUGCUAAAUACAAGGUCAGCUCCACAGCCUCUGCCGUGGCAGCAGAGGGGGAAAGAGAUGACCCCGGUUCAGAACUGGCCGUUGAGCUCGACCCCGACACCUGCAACAACAACAACAACAGCCACCGCCUGGCCGAGCAGACGACACCGGCCGACAAGAAGCCGCACUUUACAGAAGCCCCCCACAGCACUGAAGAGGACGCUGAGCUGGUGCCAGUUAUGUUUCCCAUGGAAACACAGAGUAGCUUCCCAGGUGACGUUGCUGUGGCCACAGACUGCAGGCCAGGCCUGUUGGUGUGCAGUCCGGCCGAGAAUGCGCACUCACACGCCAACAGCAAGAGCCUGGAGAACAGGGAGGCCACCUCAGAGACAGAGCCAAGAGGAAACUGUGAUAUGCAAAGGAGACUGUCAGACAUAGCAGAUCAGGAUGUCUCGGCCAGCACCCACAAGGGAAGGAAGUCUGCAAGCAAGAGCCACAGAAAGACUGGAGAGGGCGUGGCUAGAGUCCCUGAGCGCAGUGUAGCCAUGGUAUUGGAGAGGAACAGGGACCAGGAAUGGAGGGAGAGCAGGAACACCAACAGAACCCGGAACCGCUGCUGCAGUGGAAAACCAGACGCGCCCAAAUUGGGACCGAACACAGACAGCCCCCUGAAACAGCUGCAGAAUGGCGUGUGCCCGGCCAGGCCCCGGCGGAAGGGUGUGGAUCGGAGGCCGCAGUGGGAGUCGGGUUCGGAUUCGGGCAGCUCCUCGGGCAGCGUUCGGGCCAGCCGGGGCAGCUGGGGCAGCUGGAGCAGUGCCAGUAGCCUGGAAGGGGAGAGAGACCACAGCACCGGCGUCAGGCACCACUGCACCACACCGGCCAGGACGAGAGACAACAUUCAGUGCAGUGUGUAUCCAGCUGAUAAAGACUGUUACCAGACACUGAACUCCAGUUACAAGGCCCAGAGUAUCCACAGCCUGUACAGGAAGGAGCCUUGCCAAACCCCAGAUCCUGCUCCCCUGUCUGCCUUCACCCCCAGCUUUUCAGCUAUCACUGGAGGCUUAGAGCGGAACAUGGACAUUACCUGCCCUUACCUGACAGAAGAGGCAUGGUCAGCUCCCUCUAUCCCUCUGACCAAUGAGUUUAGGUACAACACCACGGAGCCCCUCCCAUUUGCACCUCAUGGGUCCUCAGGCUCCUACAAUGGCUUUCCCUGGAGCAAUGCCAAUAGCCACUGUACCAGUUCGUAUUCAUACUGUGACCAGAAUAGCUAUGUGCCAGGAGGGAAUGAUAAUUUCCAAAAUAAUUUCUCGUGCCAAGAGAGCCAAAAUGUGGCAUACACGCCCCAGGCCGGCUGGGGCGAGGAUGGUGCUCACGACAUGCCCUCUGCCUGGAACAGCACCAGCUGUGUGGGAAAUAAGGGCUUCUUCUCCGGCACGAGGAGCCUCUCCCCCAUGUCAGGCCUGUUCGGUUCCAUUUGGACCCCACAGAGCGAGCCGUACCAGAACCACUUCCAGCUGGAACGCUCGGUUCCCCCAUCACCGCAGUCUCCCUUCCGCACCGAUUCCACAGGGACCUGCAGGCCCGGCCAGUUCUCCAGCUUCAACCCCUUUGGUCCGCACAUGAACCUCGACAUAUGGAACUCCUCCUCCUCAAACCGGAGCUCCAACUCCCAGCUCUCCAAUGACUCUGGUUAUUGCGGCGAUGUCUGAACAAGAAUGUGCUUUUAUCAAUAAUGGAAAAAAAAUGUGAAUGUGUUUUUUUUUUUUCUUCUCCCCCCCCCA